GGAGAGCUAACCCUGUGUUUCUCGGCAGUUUGCCGUGCACCUCCAGUUUCUCUCGGUCUCCUGCUUCUCAGAGAACUUAGCAGCUUAAUUUCGAGAACUUAAAACGAGCGAAACGUCCCUUAAAAUGUCGAGGAAGAUGGAGGUCGACGUUAGAAGCAGUCAGGUGGCCGGCUAACCUGUCAAACCCGACUCAGCUGAGUGUCUGAAGGUUCAACCUCCAUACUGGAGAAUUCUUGGGAUCAGCUUCCACAGACGUUACUGAAGAUACCUACUGGGCUGUAGAGACGUCUCUUUUAGGAGACCUCCUCAGACCAUGGCAAACCGGGAUGUAACCGAGAACACUCCUCUCUUGGGCAGUUCACUGAAUCUUGCCAGGCCGGAGUCCAUCUUCAAAGACAGACGGCUGGCAUGUGCCGCCAUUCUUCUGGCGGAGUCUCUGGAGCGAAUGGCCUUCUAUGGCGUCACCUCCAACCUUGUGCUUUUCCUGAACAGUAGCCCCUUCUACUGGGAGGCCACCCUGGCCAGCCAGGCUCCUCUGGUCUUCAUGGGAGUCACUUACUUGGUGUCGCCGUUUGGCGGCUGGCUGGCAGACGCGUGCCUCGGCAAGUUCUGGACCAUAGCUUGCAGUUUGGUCCUGUAUUUGGCUGGGAUGCUGUUCUUCCCUUUUGUGGCCAACAACAACUCCAGGGUUAACCUGUGCGGGGAGGAGAUGGCCUUUCCUGUCCAGCCAGUCGAAUGCUUCAAUAUGAACGGGACCCUUCCUCCUAACGUGACUUGCCUCUCCAGGAGCCCUUACUGUGGAACUAUAGUCUACAGUGGCCUGGUUUUGGUGGCUUUGGGAGUCGGGGCGGUGAAGUCCAACAUCACUCCCUUUGGAGCCGACCAGGUGAAGGAUCGCGGUCCAGAAGCGACGCGGAGGUUCUUUAACUGGUUCUACUGGUGUAUUAACCUGGGGGCCAUCUUCUCUCUGGGGGGCAUCGCGUACGUCCAGCAGAAUGUGAACUUUUCGGUGGGCUACAUCAUCCCUGCCGUGUGUCUGGGGGUCUCCCUGCUUGUCUUCCUGCUGGGACGCACCGUCUUCAUUACCAAACCUGCGGACGGCAGCGCCUUCACGGAUAUGUUUAAGAUCGUGGGCUCGGCCUGCUGCGGAGGACCCAGCGACCCUCACCUGCUCAGACCUAAACCCAGCCUGCUGGACGGGGCGAAGGUGACAUACGGAGGGAGAUUCCCAGAAGAGAAGGUGGAGGAAGUGAAAGCUCUGAUGAAGAUCCUACCUGUCUUUCUGGCCCUCAUCCCCUACUGGACUGUCUACUUCCAGAUGCAAACCACGUAUUACCUGCAGAGUCUUCACCUGAGCAUCCCUGGCACUGAGGCUAAUGCUACAGACCUUCACCCGGUAAGAGCGACAAGUAUUAUCCUGCUGUAGCUGACAUGAGAACAG